UUACAGGGUUGCACAAAAACUUCUCAAACACGAAAGUUAGACUUCCACACAGAGAGAGAGACCGUGGAUUUUUGGUCCGAAGGAAAGACUUUUCACGAACUCCCUCCGUCUCUUCUCAACUUCGAGUUAGUGGGGAGCCUUCUGAUCUUCUGCAAGGAUGGUAUUCAUGGUUGCAACCUGAAUUAUGUUGGUUUAAGUCCUCUCAUAGUUUGGUUACAGCCAUAUUAUCAUAACAACAUGACUGGUCCCUUGUCGACUAAAGUACGACUGGUCAGAUGUCCUAAAUGCCGUCAGGUUCUCCAAGAGUCGGCAAACGUUCCCGUGUACAGGUGUGGAGGAUGCGACACAGUUCUCCAAGCCAAAAAACGCAAAAAUGACUCCAAGGAUACAGAUUUGCACAUACCAGACCCGAAUAUGGUGAAGAAAAACGAGUUAGAUCAGGAUUCUGAAGGCAAAGCAGCUCAAAGCUUAAGUAAAGACGACAAAGAAGCUCCAACCUUAAGUAAAGAGGAAACGCUUUCUUCCUCAGGAGAACUGGCAUUGGACAAAAACAAUGGGAAUGAUGAUAAGGAAACUGAGGAUAACAACAUGAAUCAGUCUGGUCUCGCACCCCACAGAAAUGAAGAGUCGUCGCCAGAUACAGGAGUCGAUCAAGACAAUACAAUACAAUACAAUGGAGGGGAUCCAAAUGUACCUGUACAAAGCAAUGGAAAGCAAAUUGGAGGUGUAAACAUAUUGGAUGAAGUUGCCUCACCAAAAGAGCCUAAUCAUCACAAGGGUGCCGAAAGUGAAGUGGAUAAACGUAGGAAUUGUUUGGAAGAAGAAAAUGGGGGUGUAAACUUUACAGAUGAAGUUGCUCCAUCAACUGAGCUUAACCAUCUUGGCAGUGGGGAAUCAUCAUCAGUUGCUGGAGCUCAUAGUGAAGUGGAUGAAAAUAAGAAUUGUUUGGAAGUAGAUGAAGGAAGGAAUCAAAAUGAAUAUGGGAUUUGCAAUGGGAAGCAGACUGGAGGUGUAAACAUUUACGAUGAAGUUGUUUCAUCAACUGAGCUUAACGAUAAUGAGAUCAAAGUGUCAUCCCCAGUUGUUAGAUCUCAAGCUCAUGUUGAAGCAAACGAACAUGGGAUUUGCAAUGGGAAGCAGACUGGAGGUGUAAACAUGUCCGAUGAAGUUGUUUCAUCAACUGAGCUUAAUGAUAAUGAGGUCGAAUUGUCAUCCCCGGUUGUUACAGCUCAUAGUGAAGCAAACGGACACAAAACGUGUAUGGAACAAAAUCGUGGAAGGAAUCAGUGUGAAUAUGGAGAUUUCAAGCUGGAUUGUUCUAAGAAUACAAAAUCUUCAGGUGAAAUUUCUUCCUCUGCUGACCUUACUUGUCAGGAAAUUGAAGAGUCAACUCCUGUGAUUGAGACAAAUGCACAAUUGGAUGAGAAUUCUAAGAGUCCUAUGUCUGUGGACCCGUCUCAGAAUAGAAAACUCACUGGUUUUGACCAUGUAAGCUCUGUGGACACAUCGGAAAAUAUUGCAAUAGCUGACUAUAGCUCUGAGUUCAGUGUCACACACAGAGACAUGCCUAAUUUUCCCACUACCAGCAAUUAUGUUUACGAGGGUAGUGUCUCUUCCUCUGAUGGAAGUGAUGAUCAAGUCCCUGAGCCAUAUCUACACCUGUUUAAAAGAAAAGAAAAGAAGGCAGAGUCUCCCCUUGCGAAAGCAAUGCACAAAAGGGAUGAGGUCAUGAACAAAAUUACAAGUUAUCCAGAAAUGGAACGUGAAGCUUGGAACUGCUCUUCGAUUCCAUCCGAAAAGAAGCAUUAUACCUUGAAAGGCAAAUGGCAUCAAGAUGAGUUGAUGGAACCCAUGAGACAUGGCCCACUGGUUAGGAGCAAAAUGGGAUUUGAGUCAGGUGGAUAUCCACCUAGGGUACCCUUCUACUCUAGGGGUUCUCAAGUUAGCUAUGAAAAAGGCGGUCCUUCAAAUUAUAGGCGGGAAGAACUUCAAUAUCGGACUAGUUUACAUUCGCCAAACAAGCCUGAGAAGAACCAUGAAGAGGAGAAAAUGGAACUGCUGAAAAGGGUUAUUGAAUUACAAGAUCAGCUCAACAGAACACGCAAUUCUCAAGGCGUAGGACCAGAGGUGGACAUGUGCCCCAGAAGUUGCCAUCAGGGGAGAAGAUGGCCCCACCAAAAUCGAACCUCACGAAUACCCUUUUCGGCUGAGGCCAAAAUGAGUAGAUACCAAGUUGAUAAGUCCUGCUUCCAUUGUUGCCCUCAUGAUCGGAUGUCCUCAGCUCCACUGCGUCCACAUCUUUUCUGUAACACAAGCCAAUAUAUAGCCCACCAGAGCCCCAGAUAUUCCAGUCUUUACUCCUCUACUCUCCCUAGCCCCCAAUACCAUACAAGUUCUGAAUUUUCCUUACGAAGUUAUGAUCCAAAUUCUGAUGAUCGUGAACUGAAGAAAUAUUAUAGGGAGAGAAACCACUUAAAGAGACAUGUUCGACCUGUGGCGGGUGGGGCCCCUUUCGUUAUCUGUUAUCGUUGCUCGGAGCUGCUCCAGCUGCCUUUAGAUUUCCUGAUGCCGAAAAAGAGAUUCCAUAAGCUUAUGUGCAGUGCUUGUUCAAAUACCUUGAAGUUUUCACUUGAAGACAGGACACGUUUAUUCCCUUAUGCAGAUGAUUAUACCCCGGAUGCUGUAGCCCCACCACCGAGUGAGGUUGAUGAUUAUGGACCCUCAUUGGGUAAGAGUUGUUCUACUGAAGGGGAGCCAUUCUCUGCUGGGCUUCCAUUUCAAGCCCUCAAAAGGGAUUCUUAUGGAAGAAAGUUAUCAUCUGGGAGUUCUUUCGAGCCUAUGGGAGAGAGAGCAAGGGGCCCUGUUUUCAAGGAGUUUGAAAACGAAAACAAGAAUCCAGUGGAAAUGCUUGCUGCAGCUGGGCCUUCAAAGAUGGACAGAGCAGGGAAAGCAUCAUCAGAAAUUGCAGAAUUGCGACCGUUAUCAACUUCACCACUUCAUAAGCUCAUGGGGUAUACUUCUCCAAGUCAAGUGAUGGAUAGGUGACAAUGCUAAUAUAUUUAGACGGAAAUGCUGGUUUAGAAAGAAAAUGGUCAUCGAAUUCCAUGGAUGUAUAUUUCUGGGAGAUGACGCGGGAUUGUCUGUUGGAUUAUUGGAAUGACAACCGCUUGGCCCAAAUUGAUGCCCAGAUGAGGUCAUGAUCAAACAAGGAUUCAAGAUGUGGAAAGUUAAGUUAUGAAGGGCAGACGAUCGAAGGGUGAAUUUCCGGACUGUUUUUCAGUGCCGGGUGGGCACGGGCCACGUGGUGCCGAGCACGAUCUCGGCCGUCUAAACGUAUUUUGGACGGCCCAGAUUUGUUUGGGUAAUUUUUUAGUGUAAAAUUACCAAAAUACCCCCUCAAGCCCAAACAGAUCUGGGCUAUUCAAAACACGUUUGGACGGCCGAGAUGCGUGCUCGGCACCAUGUGGCCAUGCCCACCCAGCACUGAAAAAUUUCUGUCUCCAGGCAAAAUAUGUAGGAUUUUGUAGCUUUCAGAGUGGAAUACGAGGAAAGCAUCAGUUGGAUUGUUGUAAACGUGGAGAUGUUUCAACCUGAAAUCGUCCCAUAUAAUUUGUUCAUUGAUGUGUCUAUAUAGUUGUAUCUUGUAUGUACGGAUCUUUAACUCUUUUUGGGUUUGAUAGAACUUUGCUUAUCAAUUCAUUUUCAACC